CCUUGACCCCGGAAGUGGCGCGGGAAGAGGAUGCGGAUGCUGGAAUAAACAUGGCGGCCCGCGGCGCUACGGUUGCUCUGUUGCGGGUGGCGGUAGUGCUGGCGCUGCUCUGGGCGGGCCCGGCCGGCGCUCGCGUCCAUCAUCUCACUCUCAAAGAUGAUGUGAGGCAGAAAGUGCACCUGAAUACCUUUGGCUUCUUCAAGGAUGGUUUCAUGAAAGUCAAUGUUAGCAACCUUUCAUUGAAGCCACCUGUGGGCUUUGAUGACAAGAGUAGCUUAUCAGUGGGUUUCAGCUUGGAUCGAACAAGGAAUGAUGGGUUCUCCACUUACCUGGAUGAAGAAGUGGAUUACUGUGUCUUGAAAAAGAAACCACAGCAAGAUGUCUCUGUUAUAAUCUUACUUCUGGACUUCAAAACUGAAGUUGUGAAGGUACAGUUCUCUGCAGAAGCUGUUUCUUUGCUACCUAAAAUUUCAUUCACGUCUGAGGAAAAUGUUACUGCCUUAAAUGCCAAGCCACUAAAACCUUCUGAACAGAGCAGUGAUUCUGGUAAAAAUCCUGCAAAGACCAACCAAAAUACAAACAGUAAAGAUAAGAAGUCCAAACGAAGUACAACCUCGUCCCAGAGCAUAGUAGAACAAGAACAUCCAGUUCACAAUGACAGAGGAACUUUUUCCUUUCAGUUUUUUUUUAACAUCAGCUCCGAUAACCAAGAAGGUCUUUACAGCCUGUAUUUCCAUAAAUGUGUUGGCAAGGAUGGGUCGACUAAUGAUAAGCAGCUAUUUAGUCUUGAUAUAGAAAUUACGGAAAAGAAUCCUGAAAGCUACCUCUCAGCGGGUGAGAUCCCACUGCCAAAACUUUACAUUUCCAUGGCUAUCUUCUUUUUCCUGUCUGGGACUGUGUGGAUCCACAUACUUCGUAAACGUAGAAAUGAUGUCUUUAAGAUUCACUGGCUAAUGGCAGCCCUCCCUUUCACAAAAUCUCUGUCCUUAGUCUUCCAUGCGAUUGACUAUCACUACAUUUCUUCUCAGGGAUUUCCUAUUGAAGGCUGGGCUGUUGUUUAUUACAUCACUCACCUACUGAAGGGUGCUCUGCUGUUUAUCACUAUUGCUCUUAUUGGCACAGGCUGGGCUUUCAUUAAGCACAUCCUGUCGGAUAAAGACAAAAAAAUUUUUAUGAUUGUCAUCCCACUUCAGGUACUGGCGAAUGUGGCAUACAUUAUCAUAGAGUCAACAGAAGAGGGGACAACUGAAUAUGGACUGUGGAAAGAAAUACUCUUCCUGGUGGACUUGCUAUGUUGUGGAGCCAUCCUGUUCCCAGUGGUAUGGUCAAUAAGGCAUUUACAGGAGGCUUCAGCAACAGAUGGGAAAGCUGCCAUUAACCUAGCAAAGCUGAAGCUGUUUAGACAUUACUAUGUUAUGAUUGUGUGUUACAUUUACUUCACACGGAUCAUUGCAAUUCUCAUAAAGAUUGCUGUUCCAUUCCAGUGGAAAUGGCUAUACCAGCUGCUGGAUGAAAUGGCCACACUUGUAUUCUUUGUACUCACUGGGUACAAGUUCCGUCCAGCAUCAGACAACCCUUAUCUACAACUCUCUCAAGACGAUGAGGAUGACUUGGAGAUGGAAGCUGUGGUGACAACUUCUGGAAUAAUGGAGGGCAUGAAGAAGGUCAAGAAAGUGGUGAAUGGUUCAGCAGAGCCACAGGGUGAAUGGGAAAGCACAGCAUGAUGGACUGGACUAAGGCAGCACUUUCAGAGACACUUUUUUAAUUUAUUAAUAUUACUCUCAGUGGAAAGGGAGCAACUAGCACUUCCCAACAUUGAAACUGCAGAGUGGGGUGUGUCUAGGGAGAGCAAAGCAGUGCAGAAAUAUACCUGUUCCUCUGAUCAUAGGAAAUGGGAUUUUGUGGUACCUGCAAGGAGUGUAAAGCUUUCCUAGGGAUUUUUGGGUAGCUUAUGCUUUUUUUUUCUCCUUUCUGGAGUGGCUAGGUAUUUUGAAUUGUUUGCAGUUGCGUUCUUCAGAACGUGAAGAAUACUGAUGUGAAGAGACACCUUUAGUGUGUAUGUAAGGUAUGUAUUUUAUAUAAUGCACAUAUAUAUAUAUACACACACACGCUCGCUAUGUAACACGUAUACUGGGAAUUGCAAAGCAUGUCAGAAGGUGGGAAAAGAAGACAAGAGAAGUAAAUACUUUUUUUUCUUUUUAUAAACUCUCCUUUUGCUGCAAAACAAAUGAGUAGAAAAACUGCAGUUAUUUGAGAGACUGAAUAGGGUAUGGUAUCAGAUGACUUCUGCAACUACUCAUGUCAGUGGGAAAGUUGGUAAGUAUCUUCUUGUCUUAUCCAUGCAGGUAUCCAUUUGAAUGUGUCAGGUUUUUAAAUGUAUUGCUAUACAGGAAGCAAGUGACUGUUCUUUGUUAAAAGCAGUAGCCUGUAAUGCAAUAAGCAGUUGUGUAAAUUCUCCGCUGUUUAUGGAGUUGUUCUUGAUUCACACCCAUCUGACGAGAAGUACACAAGAGGUGUAAGACUGAUGCUUGCUUUUUAGGGGUCUGCCAUUAAACAUUUAAUUUCAAGCUGUGACCCAGAGCACUUUGAUCUGCUUUAUAAAAUAUUUUUGAGGUAUUUUGAAAGACACUCCUUUCUGGCACAGUAUAAACAGUACCAGAAUCUCCAGUGGAAAUCUGUUUCACAAAUGUACUGCAGCAUAAAUCUCUCAUUCACUGUUAUCCUGAAUUAUUUAGCCUCUCUGGAUGGCUACUUGUACAUCUCUGGCUAAGUAUGAUUAGUGAUACUGUAGUUUGAUGUGAGCUGAACUGGUCAAAAUGGUACUGCUGCCAAAACUAGGCAGCUGCAGCUCCCAGUCUUCAAUGGCUUUUGUCAGGAAAGGGGAAUAUUAUGACCAGAACCUCAGUGCAGGGGAAUAGGGAAGUCUUGACUAUUAGCUGCAAAUUUGCAGUGGAGUCUUCAGAAACAAGUUACGAAUGCCAUGUGUGUUUUAUCUGUUGUACUCUAGUAUUGUUAAUAAGGCAAGCUGGUGCCCAUAGCUGUAGUAGUAAGGCAUAGCACGUGAUUGUAAAUUUGGAGGGAGAUGGAAGUGGCUUACUGAUGUAAUGAGGAUAAGCUUUAAGAAAAAUAAAUUAAGUAUAACUCACUGACCCACAGAAGCCUUAGUAUUCAUGUAGAGACAUUGACGUAUGGUGCUGUUGAGGAAAGUGCUUCUGUCAGGGUCACAAGGAGAGGCAUCAUAGUGCUUUGGAUGUGCCAGCAUCUCCUACAAACUCAUCUAGGAAUUGCUUUUUGACUGAAGGGACUACAUCUCUGGGGCAUAACUUGAGGUUUAGAAGGAGGAUUUUCCUUGGAACCUUGAACCACUUCUUUGUUGGUCUUGAACAGGGAUUGUAGAGCUCCUAAAUGAGCGGUCUGUACCAAGACUUGCUGUUUGAAGAGCAGCAUUGUCUUCUGUUUACUCCUCUUUUCCUAGGUGUUGGUUCUUAGUCUCAGGUUUCUUUUUUUGUAUGCGCUUUUUUUGCUGAAGUUGUGUAUGGUGUCCCUGGCUCACUAGUCAAAGGCCAGAAAAUGGAUGAAUUCUUCUUGUCUUGAAAAGCCACAGCAGUACUCUGUUUUUAGAAGAGCUUUUUCCACAUUCAGGCCUGAGCUACAGCAGCUGUCUAAGUGCCAGCUGAAGCUGGUUGUACAAUGCAGGAUGCUCACCAGCGGUACAGCAGCAACUAGUCAGACCUAAGCAUUAGUAAAGAAAAUGUAUGUGGAUGUGCAGGUCAAA